UAUUGGAAAAGAAGCUGUGAUGAUCUCCUUUUCUGUUUUUAAUAUUUUGUUGAUUAUUAGCGGAAGUUUUUUGGUGAAGGCUGCUGUAAAGGAUGGUUCUCCACCUUCUGAAAAUUCUCUUGAUGACCUUGUUCCAAUUGAAGAAGAAGAGAAUGUUUUGGUUUUGACUAAGGAUAAUUUCAAAUCUGCUAUUGAAAAGAAUGAAUUUAUUCUUGUAGAGUUUUAUGCGCCGUGGUGUGGCCACUGUAAAGCUCUUGCACCCGAAUAUGCAAAGGCAGCUACUCAAUUAAAGGAUGAGAAGUCGCCAAUCAAGCUUGGAAAAGUCGAUGCUACAAUUCAUACAGAACUUGGUUCUACUUAUGAAGUGCGUGGCUAUCCGACAUUGAAACUCUUCAGAAAUGGUAAACCCAGCGAAUACGGAGGAGGCCGUGAUGCUGCUUCCAUCGUUGCUUGGCUCAAGAAGAAGACUGGACCUCCGGCUAAGGAACUCACUUCUGCCGAUGAGCUUAAAGAAUUCCAGGAUUCUGCCGAAGUUGCCGCUGUUGCUUACUUCAGUGAUAAGGACUCAGCAGAAGCCAAAGUCUAUAUUGAACUUGCAAGCUCAUUUGAUGAUGUUCCAUUCGCGAUUAUUUACGAUUCUGCUGUUGCUAAAGACGCUAGUAUCAAGGACAAAGGAAUUGUACUUUUCAAGAAGUUUGAUGAGGGCAAAACAGACUUUGAUGGAGAAAAGAUUGAAUUGGAUAUUCUCAAAAAAUGGGUUCAAUCUAAUCGUAUUCCUCUUGUCUCUGAAUUUAGCCAAGAAACCGCUGCAGUCAUCUUUGGUGGGGAAAUCAAGUCUCACAUGCUUUUGUUUGUAUCCAAGGAGUCUCCAGAUUUCGAAAAGUUGGAGUCCGAAUUCAAGGCAGCUGCAAAAGAAUUCAAGGGCAAACUUCACUUUGUGUACAUCAACACUGAAGUUGAGGACAAUCAACGAAUUAUGGAGUUCUUUGGUUUGAAGAAGGAGGAGCUUCCAGCUGUUCGUCUCAUCUCUUUGGAAGAGGACAUGACCAAAUACAAGCCAGAUUGGACUGAAAUCACUACAGAAAAUGUUGUUAAAUUCACUUCUGCCUAUUUGGACGGAAAGUUGAAGCCACAUUUGAUGAGCGAGGAAAUUCCAGAAGAUUGGGACAAACAGCCAGUCAAGGUUCUCGUUGGCAAGAACUUUGAACAAGUUGCUAGAGAUGAGAAAAAGAAUGUGCUUGUCGAGUUUUAUGCUCCAUGGUGUGGUCAUUGCAAACAGCUUGCUCCUAUUUGGGAUAAACUUGGCGAAAAAUAUCAAGAUCGUGAAGAUAUUGUUAUUGCAAAGAUGGAUGCCACCGCUAAUGAAGUUGAAGAUGUGAAGGUUCAAUCCUUCCCAACCAUCAAAUUCUUCCCUGCCGAUUCUAAGAAGGUUAUUGACUACACUGGAGAGCGUACUCUUGAAGGAUUCUCUAAAUUCCUCGAUUCUGGCGGCAAAGAAGGUGCUGGACUUUCUGACACCGAAAAGGCAGAGAAGGAAGCUGAAGAAGAGGCAGAAGAACCAGAAGAGGGAGAAGAUAAGGACGAGGGACACACUGAGCUUUGA